AUGCACACUUUUGUGAAAUCCUUCAUGGAAACAUACUUUGCCUUAUACCUUCAUCUUGGUGAGCUUGAUAUGGAAGGCCUCCGCCGGUUAUGCAACGAUUAUGACGCUGAAGAUAACCAACCUGAAGGUAGCUCCUCCAAAUUCGAGCCUGCCUCCAAUCAUCUUGGUUUCUUUACUCGUCAUCCCAGGUGGUUUGUGUUGGCCAUUCUGGGUUUAGAUUCUUCCUAA